AUUUAUACAGAAUCUGCUCCGCAAGACAUGCUGGUAGCGCUAUUUGAUCGAAGCUCUGAGCUGCAGGAGCUGGCCACUCGUAAUUCAGAGUUCUUUAACUUAAUGUACAGUAGUCUUCCCAAGGACAGCCGAGAAAAAUUCAAGUCUUUGCUCUUUCAGCCUCGAGAAGCGCUAUCAGACAGAGAUUGGAUGCAUUCCAUUGCCGCUCACCUUGGGCCCCUACCGCCCUGCAUUCUUGAAAAGUUUAAAGGCAUCGUCGGCUGGAUUGGCCCAGAAGAUGACGAUGACGCAAACAAUGUUCAAAUUAAAUGGCUGCGUGAUAUAGAGGAUUUCUCUCUUGAGGAUUUCCAAGAGUGCUACCCUCAAUUUUUUAUAAAUGCUCGAGAGCGUCUCCAGGGACGACGCAUGUCCCAUGGUGGAGAUCAGCGAGAUCAUUACUUGAUCUUUUGUGAAACUCUGGGCCUCACACGACAGGAUCUCCCCUGCGAUAAUGCUUGGACGAGACGCAUGAAUGGCUGCCUUGACAAACACCCCGAACUCAUGUUACAGCUCAAGGAAAUUAUUGCAUACGAG